AUGGCUCCAACACUCCCAGAUGUUACUAGUCUUGCGAUUCUGCCCGAGGCAGAAGUGCUAGCCAUCCUCGACCUUCUCUUCGAGCCCAGCGAUGACUUACACACCCUCGCCCUCCCAACCCUGCGCGCCAUCACCUUCGCCUCCUACCCCGAGCUCAUUGACACCAUUCGUGAUCAGCUCCUCGUCAUUGCCCAGAGCGUCCACUCUGACCCCAAUGCCCGGAAGCCCCUUCACUCCAUCCUGGGAUCCCACCCUCGCCUGGGCGAGAAGAAGGUCCACAGCGCCCAGAGCGCCGCCGAGCAGGCCCAGCUGCAGACUGGACCCGAGGGCGAGGCCGAGAGGCUGGCUGCGCUCAACAGCGAAUACGAGGCCAAGUUCCCCGGACUGCGCUACGUGGUCUUCGUCAAUGGGCGCAGCAGGGACAUCAUCAUGAACGACAUGCGGAAGCGUAUCGAUCGGGCUGACCUCGCAGAGGAGGAGAAGGAGGCUAUUAAUGCUAUGGCGGCCAUCGCCAAGGACAGAGCCAGCAAGCUUAACAAAGAAUCCGACGAGUCCACUGUUGGACGCUCUGCUAUCCCCUCAGAAAGCUGA